CACAAAGGGAGGUCACGGGAUGCAGCAUCUAGUCGGGUCAGGGUUCGGAGUCGGCUCUGAAACCUCCGCCGCCCGGCAGGUGCCUCUGGUGGCCUGGCUCCCAGGCCUCACGCGGAAGCAGGGCAGUUCCGUCAGGCAUAGGGCCAUCCCCUCGCAGCGCUGGGAGGCUCCCAUGCUUGGCUUGUUUGGCUUGCUCGAGGGAAGGGCUGGCGACACACACCCAGGCGCUGAAGGGCCCGGCGGGGGGGGGGGGGGGGGGGGGCACCGCAGUCCCACACCGUCCCACACAGUCCCACGCAGUACGCGCCGUGGUGCCCAUGUCGGUGCUAACCAACUCCCAAUGGCAGCAGGAAGUCUCAAGGCUGGAGGCUAGUGGGCGGGGCUCCGGGGCCUCGCCCUUUGCCCUCUGAAGUGUUCACUUCCCGCGCUGGGCAUGCGCCGCCCUUCUCUGUAAAUUCUUCAGGGACCGCGUCACAAGCGCCAGGCUGCGUUGCCCAGUGCUUGCUUGACCUCGAGAAGAGUAACAAACUCCGGAGGCUCUCUCCGGGUUUUACACUCCGAUCUCGCGAUCGUUCAGCGCACAACUUGCACAUGGGCAACUUGCUGUGUAAGUUUCGUCCCCCGCCCAAGCGCCGUCUCCUGCCAGGCCUUUUUCGCCCGCGGGCCACUCAUGCCUGCGCCGUUGCCCAUCCUGGCCGGGACCACCCUGCUGUUCCUGCACUUGCCCCCUGCCCUAGGUGCGGGCCAUGCCAGCGGCAUCGUGCGGCUUUAACAGCGAGCUUUCACGUGGAGCCAAAGAGGCGGUAUCCGAUCCCUCAGGCCGUCUGUUCCCCUCUGGGCCUCCUCCCCUUAGUGAACUGGAGGGACCCUCCGAAACAACCUGUGCUGUCCGUCCAUAAUUCCAGGAUGUUCAGACCCUCGAGAACUGUGAGGAUCCCUCCUCCAGGGCGCAAAUGGACUGUCCUGCGUUCGCUACCUGAGCCCGUAGUCGAGGCUGUGAAGCCGGUACCAUCCAAUCACCAACCCCCUCCGAGCUCAAAGGGGAUGGAGGAGAAGGUCCAAGCAGUGCCCAGAGAAGGGAUGGAGGAUUCUGUAGAGAGCAGCGGACAGGAUGAUGGGAACAGGGCCCCCCAGGGCAGUGGGGAUACACCGUUGACAUCCAGGCCCCUGGAGACCGGUGGAGUGCUCAGUUCCCACCAGUGCAGCCCUGCACCUGUGGAGCAGUCUCCCAAUCCCCCGGGAGACAGCUUGGGGGAGAACGCUCAGAUAUCUCUGGUGAGCUCCCCCUCUGAGGGCCCUGUUGUCACCUCCUCACAUGGCCCUGCUGGCGAUGUUGUUCCUCUUCCGAAGCCAGAUACAGAUGCGGUAAGGCUCUCCGACCCAAGCCCAAGCUGCCCCUUGCUGCAGGAGAGAUUAACAAAGGAAGUGGGGGCUGAAAACCAUGGGCCUAUCCAGAGCAUACCACACUUACCAGGGAAGGAGACAGAGGGCGAUAAGCCUUCAGGCAUCUCCUCCAAGUACUCUUUUCCACCAGUAUCUGCCACCAGUAGGCCCUGCAAAAGGAAAAUAUCCAUGCCGCGUUUUGUGCCUCUGCCAUCACCAUUACCACUGCAGUGGGGUAGAGGCGAGUUGCCCCCACCUCCUAAGCUUCCUUGCAUAGUUAUUGACAAAAACCUGGGCACCCUGAAGAAGACCAAGGGUCAGAGGAAUAAGAUCUUGGAGGAUGGAACAGAGACCCUGGCAGACUGCUGGGCCACUCAACCUGCCCCUUCCUCUUCCCCACUUGCCUCGGAGACUGCAGACUCCCUGCCCCCGGCCACUCACGCUUUCCAAGUCCCCGUUCCUACUACUGACUUGGCUGACCUAUCUGCCAGGCCCCCAAUCCCAUCUGUCCCUCCAUCUUCCCCAACAGGAAAUACCGAUUCUCUUCCUCCUCUUAGUUCCAGGUCCCACUGGGAAAAUUCCACUUAA